AACUUCCGCCGUCGUUUGCUGCAGCGGAGUGAUUUCUUGUAUUUUUCUUUCAUUCGUUCAAACAUGGCUUUUCAGUGUCAGAGGGACUGUUAUAUGCGGGAGUUUGACACUUGUGUCGUGUCUUGCGUGCCUGCAGAAUUAAAACUGGAGAAUAAUGGAAGGAAAGAGAAGCUGACGGGGUUCAAUGUGAAACUAAAAGACACUAUUCUCUUUCCAGAGGGUGGAGGACAGCCUGAUGAUCAUGGGACAAUUGGGGGUGUCCCGGUCCUGCGUGUUUUGAGACAGGGUCCAGACGCAGUGCAUUUUGUCAGCUCCGCUCUGGAGGAGGGCCAGGAGGUCCACAUUAAACUGGACUGGGAGCGGCGUUUUGACCACAUGCAGCAGCAUUCAGGUCAACACUUGAUCACAGCAUUGGCAGAUACAAUGUUUGGAUACAAAACUACCUCUUGGGAUUUGGGCCGUCAGCGCAGCUGCAUAGAGCUGGACACAGCCACGGUGAAGCCUGGAGAGAUGGAGGCUUUAGAGACGGCUGUUAAUGAAAAGAUUCGUGCACACGUUCCAGUCACUGUCAACCUCCUGUCCAUUGAUGAUCCUGCUGUGGAGAAGGUAAGAAGUCGUGGUCUUCCAGAUGACCAUGCUGGACCCAUCAGGAUCAUAGAUAUUGAAGGUGUAGAUGCCAACAUGUGCUGUGGAACUCAUGUGUCCAACCUCAGUCACCUUCAGGUUAUAAAAAUCUUGGGGACCGAAAAAGGGAAGAAGAAUAAAACCAACCUGAUUUUCAUAGCAGGCAACAGAGUGCUGAAAUACGCUGAGAAGAGCUAUAACAUUGAGAAGUCUCUGACCGUCCUCCUAAAGACCGGAGCAGAUGAGCACGUGGAUGCGGUGGACAAGCUCCAGAAGACAGUCAAGCGUCUUCAAAAGAGUAAUCUAACUAUCCUGAGGGAAAUGGCAGUUUUGAUCGCACAGAACUUCAAAAGCAAACCAGACCGAGGACAUUUCUUCAGCUUACACAACAAAGAUGGUGAUAAUGAAUUCAUGAACAUCGUUGCAAAUGAAAUUGGAUUUCAGGACACGUUGAUCUUCAUGACUGUAGGUGAUGAGAAGGGUGCAGGGCUGUUUCUCAUCGCUGGACCUGAGAAUAUUGUCACUGAAGUUGGACCUCGGGUUUCAGAGCUGCUGCAGGGCAAAGGAGCUGGAAAAGCUGGACGAUACCAGGGUAAAGCCAACAGUCUGGUGAAGAGAGCAGAGGUUGAGGCUUUACUGAAGGAGCGGAGCUAUAAAUGCACUGCAGGAGAAGAAUAAAACAGACAGGUGUGCAGUCAUGAUGAUCCAGACUCUGUCUACAACAAAGAUGAUUGUUUUGACUCAGAUGAACAGUCUACACUGGAAGUGCACAAGGAAUCAAAACACAUCAUCAUGCAUAUUACAUUUUUAUUUUAGAUGCAUUGAUAUCCCAAUGUGCAGAUCGCAGGGCGUGCAUUGUGGAGUCAGGGUUAUAGUUGAUCAACAGUUCAGAGAGAAUUGUGGAGUCAUUUCAGUUAAACCAUAAUAAACGAAAGGAUAUCAAUU